AUGGAUACUUUUUGGAUGUUUUUGCUGUUCGCGCCAUUUUUAUCUCAUUUUGUAACAGACGUCACUGCCAUAGAAAUCCUCCAGUCAACCACAAGCUCAUCAGCUCUAAGAUCGAUAUCCAAUUACGUGAAAAGAGACACUUAUGGAUUGACAAAAUCGAAUUUUCAAUACAGCGGAUUCAAAAGAAGAAGCAAACGCUUUAAGAGGUCAUUACCAAUGAUUUUAUCACAGCACUUCAGCGAGACUACAGUUACGCCUGGCGUUGAUGUAAACCUUAAAUGUAUAGUCAAUGGCCCUCAUCCUGCGAGAUUUGUUUGGGAGAGGGACGGUGUUGUUAUCUCUUCCAAUACAGAUUCUAGGUACUCAAUAGGUCAAACUAUGACUACUGAUGGGGUAAUGACGCAGUUAAACAUUUCACAUGUGAGAGUGGACGAUGGCGGUAGAUUCGCGUGCGUCGCUCAUCAUGGCGAUACUAUGGUGUCUCAUGAGGACAGGGUUAACGUUUAUGGGCCGCCCUACAUCCGGACAUUGCCACCCUUCAAAGUUCAAAGCGGUCAAAGUGUCACACUCAGAUGUCCAUACUAUGGGUAUCCAAUUAGAGAAAUAACGUGGGAGUAUAAAGGGAAAGAGUUGAACUCAGAUUCCACACAAGUUAGAUACAAACGAUUCAUAAACAACACCGCUUUAAGCAUAGAAAUAUUCGGUCGUAAGCCAAAAUUAAGACAAAAAAGGGAUGUAAGUGUCACAAAUGGGGUUUUAAACCUAAACAGAGUGAGUAAAAGCGAAAAUGGAGUGUUAUUUGCCUGUAUAGUUCGAAGUCCUUCUGGUGAAAUGGCAAAACGUGCGUUUGAAUUGCAAAUAGUAGAAUCGCCUCAGUUAGAGGAAAUAUUGUUAGCCUCAGACCUACAAGAGGGCCAGAUAGUACAAAUACAUUGUAAUUUAAAGAGCGGGGAUUCCCCCGUUUAUUACUCCUGGUUAAAGGAUGGGAAGAAAAUACCUGCGCAUUUAAAGAUUGUAGAGAGGAGCUUGGAAGUAUUCAGUGUGCUUAUAAUCAAGAAUGUGUCUUUAGAACACUGCGGGACGUAUACGUGCGUCGCCGCCAACCAUGUCGCUAAAGUUAAUAGAACAGUUAAUUUGUAUAUAAAAGUUGCUCCUAAGUGGAGUGAAGAGCCACAGAAUACCUCUCUACUGUUGGGAAGAAACGGCCACAUCUCUUGUAGAGCUAACGGCUACCCGCAGCCGCAAACACAUUGGUUGAAAAAAGAUAUUAUAUCAGAAACAUGGAGACCGGUGUUAGAAGUGGCGGGUGGAGGUGUCCUUAGUUUGUCGAACGGAUCUCUUAUAUUUGAUUCUGUCGCGCUAUCCGACGCCGGGCUUUACACUUGUCACGUUGAGAACGGGGUCGGGGACGCGUUGAGUAAAACUAUAUGGAUUUCUGUUAACAAACCAGUAACAUUCGACAUAAUAUCUAGAAAUCUAACCGCCAAAUUAGGGAAACACGUAACAAUAGAAUGCCAAGCGAAAGGCGACGACCCGAUACGGAUUAUGUGGACGAAGAACGGAAAACCCAUUAAUCCGUUAACGCAAAGAGUGAAAAUAUCCGAAGCGAAAACAGACGAAGGCAUGACGAGUAUACUUGAGUUGUUACAAACGGAGACGAGUGAUGGCGCGUUAUAUCAGUGUAAAGCGGGAAACCCUUUCGGGGCUGAUGUUUAUAAUGUUUACUUAACUAUAUUAGAACCCCCUCUCCCCCCCACAUCAGUAUCCGCAGACGCGACCCGGAGUCGUUCCGUACGUAUCUCCUGGCGAGACGCGACUCGUUCCCUCGCGCAGUACUACAGCGUGCAAGUGACGGACGGACAGAGGCUGACGUGGAAUUCUGCCAGAACUAUUAAUGUCACCAGGUCAGACGAAAUCCGUCACACCGUCGACAUAGAGGAGCUGCAGCCGGCGACGAGCUACGCGGCGCGCGUCGCCGGCGGGAACCAGGCAGACCUCAGUGCUUACUCCACGCCUAUCAGAUUUAGUACUACUGAAGAAGCCCCAUCUUCUCCGCCAUUGGGAGUGCAGUUAGAACAAACCGAAUCACCAGGAGAAUUAAAAGCGCGAUGGCUGCCACCACCGAGUGACUCUCAUAAUGGAGUCAUACUUGGUUACAGACUAAAAGCAGUCCCACAGAUCAGUGGAGUUAUAGAAACCCAAGAAACAAAUGACAAAAUCAUCAAAACAUCAUCACUUUAUUCAAAGCAAGAAACCGUCAUCACCGGUCUUUUGAAAGGAGUUCGGUAUUCAGUGUCCAUCGCGGCUUUCAAUAGCGCUGGGAAUGGACCGUUCUCGAUUCCACUCUUUCAAGACACUAGAGAAGGAGCUCCAGAGGAAGGCCCGACGUCAGUAGAGUGCGGCGGCGUGACGUCCACCGCGCUGCGCGUCAGCUGGCAGCCGAUACCGCCGCACAAGCAGGCCGGGGCUCUUAUUGGGUACUCGGUACUGUAUGCUGGACAAGGUCGCCAAUGGCAAAACGCAACGUCUCUCGUAACAGAACUACGAUUGCAAGGACUUAUCAAAUACACUAACUACACAGUUAAAGUGGCGGGUUUCUCUAACUACGGGACUGGACCGUAUUCCUUCCCCAUUGUUUGUUCCACUCUUCAAGACGUACCAGAUGCGCCGGCAGAAAUUAAAUUGCUUUCGCAAUCAUCAACCGCGUUGCUAGUGAGUUGGAAGAGGCCGAAACAGCGUAAUGGAAAGCUACUCCAUUACACGGUGUACUGCAAACCUACUGCCAGCAACGACGGUCCACAAAUACAUCGUGUGGACGUCGAAUCAGACACGGAACCGUACGAACAAACACAAAGCCUUGAGCUGAAGGGUUUGUAUGAGGGUCGUCAGUACGACGUGUGGGUGACCGCGAGCACUGCAGUGGGGGAGGGACCGGAGAGUCGGAGAGUUACUAACACGCCCUCUCAAAGAGUGGUGGCGGGCGUGUGGUCGCUGGGCGGCGCGGUGGCGGUGGCGGUGCGGCGCGCGCUGCCGCUGGCGUGCCGCAGCGUGGGCGCGCCGCCGCCGCGCACCGUGUGGUACCACAACCACAACAUCAUCACCCACCACCCGAGGUUCACGCGGAACAAAGAUGACAGCUUGCUCAUUAAAAGCAUAGAUCAAUCUUUGAGCGGGAAUUACACGUGCUUGGCGAAAAAUUUGUACGGAUCCGACUCAGUGGUGUAUUCUGUAAAAGUUUUACCAUUACCGGACCCUCCGAGCUUACGAGCGACGCCUUACAAAGAUUCUAUCAUAGUGGAAUGGGAUGAAAUCAAAACAGCUAACGAUUCAAUGUCUUAUGGAAUUAGUUACAACCUAACUUGGAGGGAGGAGGACGGUCCCUGGCAGGAGGCCUGGCCGACCAAAGAGACAAGGAUUGGUGGGAUACAUCAACAUUCGAUAUCGGGCCUGAAGUGCGGCACGAAGUACUCGGUGCGAGUGACGGCGACGGACCGCGUGGGCACCUCCGCGCCGGCGCAGGCCGAUGUCAUGACGUUGGGAGGAGCACCAAUAUCCCCAUUAACCACAGACUGGUUAUGGAGUAAUGCUACACACAUCUACAUACAACUGAGCGGUUGGGACGACGGCGGGUGUGAUAUCACGAAAUGGGACGUAGAGUACCGUUUGUUGGGGAGUACCUUCUGGCAUCGCUCUGAGAAUUUAGCGACAAUGGAUAUGAACCUGGGCUGGGGUUACAUAGACGCGCACUACCGAGCGCCGCCGCUGCGCUCCGCGCCCGCGUCGUACGCCGUGGGCGCGCUGCUGCCCGGCAGCUGGUACCAAGUGCGCGUGACGGCCGCCAACGACGCCGGCACCGCCUCUACUGUAUACACUUACGCUACCAAAACUAUGGACGGCGAGGAAAUUGGUCCGCCGUCAGAUUUCUUCGACCUCAAUAUGCUAGUGAUCAUGUGCAGUUCGAUCCUCCUUGUCAUAUGUCUGGUCGCUUUCACUUGCAUACUAUUGAGGAGACGGCAAAACUACACAUCACAAUAUCGCCAUUCGAUCACCGAGGAAGUAAAAUCAAGGAACGAGAGUGUCGCCUCACAUUCAGAACACAAAGAGCGUUACGCGCACACGCCGCGGAUAUACACGUCUCCCGUACAUCCGAGGAAAACUAGCAAAAAUGAAAUGUUCGAGAUAAGUCCAUACGCGGAGUUCGCGCUCGGUUUCCGAACAUUCGAACACGCGGAGAACCAAGACCUCCCGCACCGACUGCCGGCGAGGCCGCGCUUCGAUACCGAAACCAGCUUCCAGACUCGAUCAGAGUCAGACGAUAGUGACAGCACGUCAAAAGCAACCGUCUCUGGAAUGCCAAGACGCCACUGCCGAACUCCGCAUCACAGA